CAAUUCCGAAUCUGGAACCCGCGCGAUGAAGAGAGCGUUUGUGACCGUCGGGACCACCAGUUUCGACGAGCUCGUCGCACGGGUGGUCGCUAACGACUGCGUUCAGAUCCUCAAGAGUCUGGGUUACAACCAUCUUGUCCUCCAAAUUGGUAGAGGCACUGUGGUGCCCAAACCAUUCCGUACUGAGUCAUUCACUCUGGAUGUUUACAGGUAUAAGGAUUCUUUGAAAGAAGACCUUCAGCAAGCUGAUCUUGUCAUCAGCCACGCAGGUGCAGGAAGCUGUUUGGAGAGUCUGGAGAAAGGCAAACCACUUGUGGUAGUUGUGAACGAAAAGUUAAUGAACAAUCAUCAAUUUGAAUUGGCAAAGCAGUUGCACAAAGAAGGCCAUCUCUUUUAUUGUACCUGCAGGGUCCUGUCUUGUCCUGCCAGUCAGCCUCUUGCUUGUGCUUCUGGGAAGUGCCAAGAUUCUGCAGCAACUGCAUUCUGCCUAGACCUUGAGCUGCUCGGAUACCUGCCUACACAAGCUCCAGUACUUGUGGCCACUGCCUAUUCUUACCUGAGUUCUGUGUUUUCCUCUUUUCCACCCCUCUCUACCUUUCUCAUCAUCCCAUGCACAAUGCAGAAAGGAUGGAAAAAGUACUGCGGCCAGAAGUCUUUGAAUGAGGCAUCAAUGGAUGAAUAUUUAGGCAGUUUAGGGCUGUUUCGAAAGGUGGUUGCCAAGGAUGCCUCUUGCCUCUUUCGCGCUAUUUCCGAGCAGUUGUUUCACAGCCAGAUCCAUCAUUUACAGAUCAGGAGAGCUUGUGUCUCAUAUAUGAAGGAAAACCAACAAGCUUUUGAGUCUUAUGUGGAGGGAUCUUUUGAGAAAUAUCUGGAACGGUUGGGAGAUCCCAAGGAGAGUGCUGGCCAGCUGGAACUAAAAGCUCUUUCUCUAAUUUAUAAUCGAGAUUUCAUUAUUUAUCGUUAUCCUGGAAAGCCACCAACUCAAGUCACAGAUAAUGGCUUUGAAGACAAGAUUAUUCUCUGUUAUUCAAAUAAUGGCCAUUAUGAUUCUGUAUAUUCAAAAGAAUUUCAAUCAACUGCAGGAAUUUGUCAAGCUAUAUUAUAUGAACUUCUUUAUAAAGAUGUAUUUGUUGUGGAUGAAGAAACAUUGAAAACUGCAGUUGAUUUGUUUCGAAGUGGUUCCAGGAGAAACAAACACCAUGCUUUGACUGCAAGUGUAGAAGGCAGUACUGAUCAGAAGAGUUCAACCGAAGAGAGAACUGAAGAGGCUGGUGCCUGUUCCAGUGUUGCAAGUACACCAGAAGGCAAUAAGCAAGGAACAGAAAAACAAAAGGUUCCAGAAAGUCCGUCAAAGAUGCUGUUUCCCUAUAAGGUGCUGAAAGCUCUGGAUCCAGAAAUCUAUCGAAAUGUGGAAUUUGAUGCUUGGUUGGACAGUAGAAAAGAACUUCAAAAAUCAGAGUGUGUGGAGUAUGGUGGAAGAUAUUACUUUUUAGGAGACAAAUGUCAGGUUUGCAUGGAAUCAGGUGGAAAAUAUUAUAAUGCUCACAUUCAGGAAAUUGAUAAUGAUAAAAGUUCAGUAGUAGUUUUCAUUGAGGAAUUUGCAGAAAGGCAUUCAAUUCCGCUGGCCCAAGUAAGACCAGUCAACCAAGUGGCACUUCUUCCUUCCUGGAAUGCCAUACCAAUUCGUAAUGGAAGAGGUUAUCCGACUAUAACUGGAGGCUAUUUCCCUGAAAUAGUUAUGACAGAUAUGAACAUGAAGCAACGAAAGAAGAUGUUCAAGAAAUUUCGAGGGAAAGAGAUUUAUAUGACCAUGGCUUAUAGCAGGGGAGAUUCCCUUGUUCCAUCCAGGAUUCAGCACAGCAUGCAUUAUGACCCUCUACUGUACUACUCACAGACAGCUGGCCAUAUUCUGUCUAGUCAACAUUUUUACCCUCAACAUUCAUCUCAAAGACAAGGUCGGGGAUAUGGGAUGCCCAGGGAUUCGUCUCACUUAAUAAGCAAGCAAAACUUGCCAAAUCCUAGAGUUGGCUUUUGCUCUGGCUCAGGCAGAAAGUGCUGCCAGAGCUAUGAUAAUGUCUCCUAUAGGUCUCGUUCUUUUAGGCGUAGCCAUCGUCAGAUGCAUUGCAUGAAUAAGGGAUGCCAAUAUGGUUUUGCUCCAGAGAAUGGAGUGGAAGAAACUGUUACAUUUUAUGCACUUGAAGAAGGGAAUGAGACUGCUUAUUCAACUUUACCUAACAAUGGUGGUCCCACUACAAUGGUUCCUGCUACUUCAGGCUACUGUGUUGCAAGGCAGGGCUAUAACUCAUGCAAACCACCUUUGAAUUCCGGAGACAGUAAUGACCACUGUGAUAAUGGAGGAUAUCAUGGAGAUUAUCUUUAUUCUUCAGAACAAGGCUAUGAAACUUCCAGUGUGUAUACCACAACUGUAUCUACAGCAAACCUGUCUCUUCAGGACAGUGGACCAUCUUCUGUGCCUCAAGACACAGUUACCUCAUACAACUACCCCCAGAAGGUGUUAGAAAAUUCUGCAGCAAUUGCAGUUUCUUGGGCAAGCCAUGUUCCAGUUCCAGUCAUAUCGAACUGUGCAGGAGAUACUGAAGCUAUUAGUACCUCUGAUGUUUCUUCACAGAAUGCCAUACAACCUGUCUUUGUACCUCCACCUGCACAAGAUAGUCCAGCCUAUCUUGAGCCUUCAGCAGCAGAAGCAGAAGCAGCAGCAGCAGGAGCAGCAGCAGUACCACCACCACCAGUGGCCACACCAGUGGCAGCACCACUACCACUGCCUCCUCCACUUCCUCCUCCUCCUGCUACUCCUCUUGAAGCAGGGGAUGCUUCGGGGUUUCCUCUUCCACCACCACCACCGCCUUAUUCCUAUGAUCCAAGUGGAAGUGAUCUGCCCCAAGAUACAAAAGUUUUACAGUACUAUUUCAAUCUGGGAUUGCAGUGCUAUCAUCACAACUACUGGCAUCCCAUGGUUUAUAUGCCACAUGUGCAGCCGCAGCUGCAGCCACAGCCGCAGCUGCAGCCGCUGCCGCUGCAACAGCCGCAGCCGCCGCAACAACAGCAGCAACAAGAACAGGUUCAUGGAGAGAGUUAUCCAGAUUGUACUGAGCAACCCCUCGUAGACCAAAGUGUUCCUCAGGUGUAUAGUGAUGUGGCGAGAGAGGAUGGCACACAGGCAGAUGUAUCAACAAAUGAUGCUGUACCUCUCCCUCACGGAGCAGUCUACUAUCCAGUAAUGACAGAUCCCUAUGGGUCUCCUUUGUUGGGUUUUGAUUCCUAUGUUCCUGUUGCAUCAGAUUAUUCCAGUAUUGCUAUGUGGCAUCCAGUUAGUGCAGCAUGUGGUGCUUCUGCGCAGAUCCAUGGUGCUAUGAAUCCUGGGCCAAUUGGCUAUAUGCUUCUACCUAACUCACCUCAUUAUACACCUCAGAAUUAAGAUUUAGGAAUAUGAAAUACUUUUUGCUGCCAUCUUUGCUGUUAUGGUUCAUAAAUGUUUUACAUUAGUUCUUAAGUGGUUUAGUUGGGAAGAAUGUUAACUAUGUCUUUAAAAUUAUUUUACUUUUGAAGUAAGAUAUUUCUUUAAAACAAAGACAUAUUACUUUUUGUUAUGAAUAAGAAAAUUGCAAUGAAUGUACAACUAGUCCCUCUAAUGGGCAAGUUCAUUGCAGGCAGCUUCUUGGUAGCCAGAGUGUUAAAACUGUAUUAACUGAUGGUGCCAACUGAGAAAAGAAAGGAACAAAUACAAGCUAUUUUCCUAUACGAUACAUCUUAAUUAUUUAAAAAGUUAGUAUGAUUUCCAUUUUUCAAGACAUUUAAAGAGACAGAAAAAUCCAAAUAGGAGCCUGUGCUCCUGGGUAUUUGUUUAUAUUACAUGAGAGUUCUUCAGAUUUCUUUUAAGAGUCGUCAGAACUGAAUUGUAGCCUGAUAUUAACCAGUUUUGAAGGCACAUGGUGUUCUGCUUUGCAUUUGCCACCAUAUGGUAUUGUUUAAUACUGGAUUUACAUAACUGUCCUACCGCAAAGUAUUAUAGUAUCUUUUGCACAAUUUGCAGUAAAUAAAAGCUAGCAUGUAAAA